AUGGAAGAGCUCUUAGGUGAUGUCUCACCUGGUUUUGUUUUUGGCGAUGGAAUGAUGGCUGCCGUUGAGCAUGGGUCUCGAUUGGUUAUAUUGGUGACUCGAGAGUUAAAGAGGAGAAUGGUGGUCGUUAGAGUUGUUGAAAUGGAGGAGGGAAUUUUGAUUGAGGAGUUUUUAUUCAAAAAUAGAGGAGGAGUCUAUUUAGGUGAGAUGAAAGAGUGGGAUGGUGUUCAAGUAAGAGGAGAAAAUAGGUUAUGGUUGUUUCUAUCAAAAAAUAUAGGAAGGCGCUAUUUAGAUGAGAUGAAGGAGAGGGCUAAUGUUCGGGUGAGAGGAAUGGUUAGGUGA